AUGCUGUUUUUCAUUAAAAACCAAUGCGACAGCGAGGAAUCGCUGGAUGAGUUUCUUGAGCACGAACUAGUGUGCUGGCUGAACGAGGACAAGCCGAUCUGUGCGGAGGUAGCGACCCUGCGGCCAGAGCUGUACGGUGAGCUGAACCAUUUGUUUAACGUGGUGAACGAAGCCGACAACCGCUGCGUGGAAGAGAUUCUGCACGAGGCCGAGCUGUUGAUGGAGGACGCCACAGGACUUGACCGGCCGCAUUUGCCAUUCCAGUGGAACGAACCGCUGCCGGAGUUAGACGCUGGCCAGCGAAAAGAUUCGAAUCGGUACCGGACCAUCGACAAGCGCCUGCAGACAUUGUGCAAGGUGCUUAACUUCAGUCCGCGUGAUGACACCUCCUCCAGCAAGGAUGCGGAUGGGUACGUCCGAACCAAGCAAGGACAUUCUCCGCUACAACGGAUACGUGUCCUUGCGCCAGCUGAGCUUGGGCCUACCGUGACAUUGAUCGAUCAACCGCCUGCAAUCAAAAAGAACGCCAAACCCCAGCCGGAACCACCGACCAACCCAACCGGACGUCGGAUCAAUCUCACGGACGUCGGACAACUCGAGCUGAAGAUCACCGUUCUGGAGGACCGACUAAAGGACACCGAAGAGCGCUAUCAGAGCAAGCGGUUGCAAUACGAUACGCUGUCCCAGGUGCACAGGACAUUGCGCGAUAGCUACACCACGCUGCAGGAGGAGAACAAAAUGAUGCAGUUUGACAUACGCCACCUGACCAGCUCUGCUGACGUGCUGAGAUCCGAGCUGCAGUCGGCCCGGUGUGAUCGGGAUUCCGCCAUCGAACUGCAGAAGCUCCUACAAACCGGGCUGGACGAAUCGCGCAAAGACCACAAAAAGCUGCAGGAUGGCAGCAAGAAGGAUUCAAAAAUCAUACAGGACCUGCAGCGACAGUGCCGCGAGAUGGAGCGAAUCAUGAUGCGCAAAAAUCCGGACUCCAUAUCGGCGCUGAUAGUUGCCAGUAAAUCACCGACGAAGACAUCGCCCUCGUCCGAUCCGAUAGCACCUCGUCGAAGAACCGAUAGCACCUCGUCCACCUUCCGAGUGCUAGAACAACGCAUCGCCCAGCUGGAAGCGGAUGCCCGGAAACAGGAACAAGGGCAAGGUACAUUGCCCGACGUGCAGGCCCACUUUCAUUCGGUGCAGGCGAAAUAUGAAACAUACAUCGCGAAUCUCGAGAUGCACGUGCUCAGCCUGCGGGAGAUCAACACGAAGCUAAACGAAAAGAUCAUACGCCAGAAGGAGGAACUGGCCAGCAUCGGUAGCCAUGCGGUUACCAACGGGACACCACCGCCGGACGACGUGUCUGAGCGGACACGCAAGAGGGAUCCUGUUAAAAUGCGCUCUAUUUUAGUCCAAACGGAUCCGGCCCGUGGCGAACCGGUGACCACGGUGCGAUCCGCACCGAACGCCAAGCGGGCUCAGGCGCAAAGCAAGGAGGACGCCCAUCUGCUGGCCACAAUCCGUGGCAUGCGCGUUGACCUGGCGAUCAAGGAGAAGGCCGUGCAACGGCUAACGCGUGAGGUUGAGGAGUGUAAGAAAACGAUCAAGAAGCUGCAGAAGAAGAAGGACCCGGGCAAAGGCGAUGUCCCAAGGUUAUACACGUCGAAUGCGUGUGCAUGA